UUUUUUGAUUCUGAUGAUGAUUAUGAAAAAUUAUUGCUAUCAAUUCAAAAAGCUGCUUAUGCUGAGGAGAUGAGUAUAGUUGAAGAAGCAUUUGAAGAGAUAAAGCAAGCAGCGAUGAAGAUCCAAUCAACUCAACGAGCAGAAGGAAGCCAUAGCAGUUUAAAAAAAGCAAUUAAGGCAGCAAGCAGGCUAGAUCAGGUAUUUUCACAUAUCGAUCAUGCCUUUCGUCAACAUCAACAACAAAAAAAUGGAGCUUUAGGUCUGAAUAUAAUUUCAGCUGAUCCGUUUAUACUUAAUAAUACGAAAUUUGAACAGUUGGUCAGAAAAAUUUCUAGAUGGGCAAUUGAUCGAAUAAAAAAAGAAAUAUGUGAGACUCAAGAAAAUUAUGAUAAUACAAAUAAUAGCAUUUGCAACUGUAGCUUGAGACUAAAUUUCAAACUACCAUAUCAUCACAUAAUUCCAUCAACAGGGCCCAUUCCACUUUCAAUUAUCCACCCCCGCUGGCUUCUAAAACAUGAUUCUGUACCUUUAUUACCUUCAUCUUUGUCAACUGAUACAGCUUUUAAUAAGGCUUUGUAUAUGCUUGAAGAAAAAUAUGCAAAUUUAAAUGAUAGUAGGUCUAAAGCUUUAUUGUUACAUAAAAUCGAAGCACUUAUUGCUAAAGAAAUUGUAAUUCCAAAAGCACCAGUACGUACUGAAAAUAUAAGACGACCAGCUUCCAUCAAACGAGAUCUUCUUCAUAGUGAACUACAAGAUAAGGCUGCUAAAAAAAAAGAGAAAAAUACACCAAAAUUUACAACUGAUUUACCAAAAUCAGAUGAAAAUGAGUGGUCAGAGAUUCAAAAAGAAUUACAAAAAGAAUUAAUUAAAAAAGAACAAUUCUAUCAUACCUUGUUUCUAGCCAACGAUGAUUAUAAGACAAUUAUGAAAGAGAUCUCUUAG